AUAAAAUAUCUACUCUAUGAGUCACUUUGAUGACAUUGACUUCGGCUAGAAUUCAAACUCCAGUAACGUGCAUUUUGAAUAAGAGGCAGACUCUGGAAAGAAAAAGCCCAAAUAAAACACAAAGAAUACUUAUAUAAAGAAGAUAUCAUCGCUUAUAAAAAUGACCAAUCAAGAAAUCUUAGAUGAAAAUUAAGAAAAAAAAUAGACUGUCCACAAAGUCUAAAGCCAAUAAUUUCCUGGAAAUAAUUUAGGAGAUAAAGAGGAUAAACUAGCGAAAAACAGAGAGUCUGCUAGAAAUAGCAGGAGAAGAAAGAAGAUUUAUCUAGAAUUAUUGGAAAACAAAGUUACAAAAUUAUCAGAACAAUUAGAUGUUUUUAAGAAUGUUAAUGAGAGAACUCAACAAUUAGCAAUUAAUCUAUAAAAUAAAAUAACACAAAAAAGAGAGCAAGAUUCAACUAAGAUGAUUUUAUUUUCCAAUCUCUAAAAUUCCAUCAAUGGAAAUGCUGGAGAAAUGAAUAUCGAUGCAAUCAUAGAUUCCUUGAAUAAAAAAUUUGGUUCUGGAUCGCAGGAAAGACAUUAGUUAAUCGAUCAUUAUGCAAGACAAAUUUAUGAAAAUUGUUUGGCUCCAUAUAUAAAUUAUAUCAUUGGAGUAGCUAAAACUGAUUAAGACAUAUUCUCUAAUUAAGAGCAAACUGAUAAUACAAUCUUAAGAAAUCUUAAACUUACCGAUAAGCAAAAACAAAUACUAUAAAAAAAAUAAUAAAAAUUAAUAAGACAUCAAAAUGAAUUAGCUAAUACAUUAUCCUCAAUUUAGGAAGUAAAAAAUUAAAUUUAAGCCGAACUAAGUUCAUUUGAUUAAACUUUAGAAUAGUUAAGAAGAGAGUUGAAACCAAGUCAGGUGGCUAGAUUCUUAUUAUCUAUUGAAAAAAAGGAUAUGCAACAUCACUUUAAAGAAUAGUUUGAAAAAUGCUUUGGAUCAGAAAUUGAUGAAGAUGACUCUUUGGAAUUAUAUUAAUUUAUGACUGAGCACAAUCAAUGUAAUUCACUUGGAAUAGAUAUCCAAUAAACUUACGAGAUAUAUAGAGCAUCCAAUGAUUUUUUAAAUGGAAAAGCUGAAUCGGAAGAUUAAUAGCAACAAUAAUUGUAACAAUAAACUAAAGUUGAAUGA